AAUGCCAUCCGGCCCAUCGCCCUGCGCGCUGUAUCCGCCAUUGGCAGGGCCCUGCCUGGGUUCCCCAUCCUGGCGACUGGGGGGAUCGACUCAGCCGAGACAGGCCUGCAGUUCCUCCAUGCUGGUGCCUCUGUACUACAGGUAAACAGAGACAUAAACAAAAAGUGCACAGCGGUCUAAGGCACUGCAUCGCAGUGCUAGAGGUGUCACUACAGACCCGGGUUCGAUCCUGGGCUGUAUCACAACCGGCCGUGACCGGGAGUCCCAUAGAGCGGCGCACAAUUGGCCCAGCGUCAUCCGGGUUUGGGGAGGGUUUGGCCCGGGGGGCUUUACUUGGCUCAUCGCGCUCUAGCGACUCCUUGUGGCGGGCCAGGCGCCUGCAGGCUGACCUCGGUCGUCAGUUGAACAGUGUUUCCUCCGACACAUUGGUGCGGCUGGCUUCCGGGUUAAGCGGGCGGGUGUUAAGAAGCGCGGUUUCGCGGGUCAUGUUUCGGAGGACAGAUGACUCGACCUUCACCUCCCGAGCCCGUUGGGGAGUUGCAGCAAUGAGACAAGAUCGAAAUUGGGGAGAAAAAAAAAAAGGUGCACUAACCACUAGCCAGGUAGCUAAAUCUGUUUGUGCCAUAGUUACCUUGUACUGUAGUCAACUUGUACUGUAGUUAACUUGUACUGUAGUUAACUUGUACUGUAGUUAACUUGUACUGUAGUUGACUUGUGAUAUAGUUAGGUUGUGCUAUAGCUAACAUUUAGCGUCAUAUGUCAAAUGAUAAAAUGCACAAACAGAUCAGUCUAGUUACCCAGCUGUGUGUCAGUACAUAGUUUUUCACUAUAAUCACGUUUAUUGGAUAUUCAACCACACACAGGGACAUGAGGGCUAAGCAUGUCUUGAGAACAGUUCAGUGUGGAACGUUCAUGUUACAUUCAUGUUAGCAUCAAUGUGUCUUUUGUCUAAUAUUCAACACUGAUCCAAUUUUAAUAGGAUUUACAGUGCCUUGCACUUGCCGUUUUUCAGAUUUUGUUGCAUUACAACCUGUAAUUUAAAUGGAUUUUUAUUUGGAUUUCAAUGGACAGACACAAAAUAGUCCAAAUUGGUGAAGUGAAAUGAACAUAACUUGUUUCAAAAAAUUCUAAAGAAUAAAUAACUGAAAAGUGGUGCGUGCAUAUGUUUUCACCCCCUUUGCUAUGAAGCCCCUAAAUAAGAUCUGGUGCAACCAAUUUACCUUCAGAAGUCAAAUAAUUAGUUAAAUAAAGUCCACCUGUGUGCAAUCUAAGUGUCACAUGAUCUGUCACAUGAUCUCAGUAUAUAUACACCUGUUCUGAAAGGCCCAAGAGUCUGCAACACCACUAAGCAAGGGGCACCAGCAAGCAAGCGGCACCAUGAAGACCAAGGAGCUCUCCAAACAGGUCAGGGACAAAGUUGUGGAGAUGUACAGAUCAGGGUUGGGUUAUAAAGAAAUAUCCGAAACUUUGAACAUCCCACGAAACACCAUUAAAUCCAAAAUGGAAAGAAUAUGGCACCGCAACAAACCUGCCAAGAGAGGGCCGCCCACCAAAACCCACGGACCAGGCAAGAAGGGCAUUAAUCAGAGAGGCAACAAAGAGACCAAAGAUAACCCUGAAGGAGCUGCAAAGCUCCACAGCGGAUAUUGGAGUAUCUGUCCAUAGGACCACUUUAAACCAUGCACUCCACAGAGCUGGGCUUUACGGAAGAGUGGCUAGAAAAAAGCCAUUGCUUAAACAAAAAAAUAAGCAAACACAUUCGGUGUUCGCCAAAAGGCUUGUGGGAGACUCCCCAAACAUAUGGAAGAAGGUACUCUGGUCAGAUGAGACUAAAAUUGAGCUUUUUGGCCAUCAAGGAAAACGCUAUAUCUGGCGCAAACCCAACACCUCUCAUCACCCCGAGAACACCAUCCCCACAAUGAAGCAUGGUGGUGGCAGCAUCAUGCUGUGGGGAUAUUUUUCAGCGGCAGGGCUGGGAAACUGGUCAGAAUUGAAGGAAUGAUGGCUGGCGCUAAAUACAGGGAAAUUCUUGAGGAAAACCUGUUUCAGUCUUUGAGACUGGGACGGAGGUUCACCUUCCAGCAAGACAAUGACCCUAAGCAUGCUGCUAAAGCAACACUCAAGUGGUUUAAGGGGAAACAUUUAAAUGUCUUGGAUUGGCCUAGUCAAAGUCCAGACCUCAAUCCAAUUGAGAAUCUGUGGUAUGACUUAAAGAUUGCUGUGCGGAACCCAUCCAACUUGAAGGAGCUGGAACAGUUUUGCCUUGAAGAAUGGGCAAAAAUCCCAGUGGCUAGAUGUGCCAAUGUUAUAGAGACAUACCCUAAGAGACUUGCAGCUGUAAUUGCUGCAAAAGGUGGCUCUACAAAGUAUUGACUUUGGGGGGGGGUGAAUAGUUAUGCACGCUCAAGUUUUCUGUUUUUUUGUCUUAUUUCUUGUUUGUUUCACAAUAAAAAAUAUUUUGCGUCUUCAAAGUGGUAGGCAUGUUGUGUAAAUCAAAUGAUACAAACCCCCCCAAAAAUCCAUUUUAAUUCCAGGUUGUAAGGCAACAAAAUAGGAAAAAUGCCAAGGGCGGUGAAUACUUUCACAAGCCACUGUAACUCCAAGCUUGCAUUACAUUCUAUAUGAUUAUUAGUCUAUUAGUGAUCGUCAUCGACAUCAAUCGCCUUCCCAGGGAAUUUACUUCCUUGUUUUUACAAAAGAUGAAGCCAUCACAGCAAAGAGCUUUUUUUCUCUCUCGCUCUCCUCUCCCCCUCCUCCCCAUCUCCAUCCCUCCCUCCCUCCUUUCCCAACACAAAAACAUUAUCUUCUUUCACACAAAGCUUUGUCACUGCCUAAUAAGGAAUUUACCCAACGCUUUGGUUGUGUAUAUCCCCGGCUGCUAUGGCAACAGAUUGGCAGUAACAAGCUUCAUGUAAAUCCUAAUAUAAUACACUGAACAAGUUGCUAGAGCAAAUAAAACUAUUAUCUCAGCGGGGGGGUCCGAGCCUCAGAAAUCUGUUUAUAAAUAAAUAAAUGCAACACACUCAUUAUGCCACCAAAUAAUGUAGCAUAAAUAGAUGACACCCUCGGUGAAAGCCUCAGUGGUUUUGACACAUUAGGCCACAUAUGGCUGUGUGUCUUCUCUGCUACUUCUUAGAAAUAUAGCCUCCUGGUGACAAACACAUCGCUUAGUGUAGGUGUGUGUACAGUUGUGGGCACUAAAAUGUUAGGUCGGUAUUGGCAGAACAAUUUUCGCAAUGUGUAUGCAACACAGCACUCCAGUGUCUACUGGCAAUAGUUUGACACAAAAACCUGUGCCACGGAAAAUUUAAUAUUUCCCACAACUGUACCUCCAUGUGUACUGUAUGAAUACAACGACACAACUGUCUGGGUUAGCAAAUACACAAAUGCAUUCCAUUGCAUGCGUCUUCUCCAGGUUUGCAGUGCGGUGCAGAAUCAAGACUUCACCCUGAUCCAGGACUACUGCCUGGGCCUGAAGGCUCUGCUCUACCUGAAGAGCAUUGAGGAGCUGACAGGCUGGGAUGGACAGUCUCCCCCCACCCUGCGCCACCAGAAGGGCAAACCUGUACCCCGCGUGGAGGAACUGGUGGGCAAGGUGAGUCCAACCAUCAUCACUAUAGGUUGCCGUUAUAGGAUAGUCCCUCCAUAACCCUCUCCUCAUCCAACCUUAAAGGGACACUACUUUUUAAACUCGUAUUAAUUAUCUCCAGCACCAUGCCAGUGUCUACAAAAAGAUAAGACGAAAAGGUUCUAAUAAAAUUACUUUCAAGCAUGGUGUAGGAUAGAUUGGUUCUUCAGCUGAACCUGCAGAAAUGAUUGUAGAGUAAACCAAAUGUACCUCAAAAUACUUAUAUACCGUAUUUUCCAUUAGAUAUUGUAUGCAGACAACAGCUGUAAAACUAUUGAUCAGAGAAAUUCCAACAAUUCCUCUAACCUUAGUUAUAGUGUGUACCAGUAUACUGUGAGAUGCAGGGGGGGGGGGGGGCUCUGUGGUGUUUACAGCUAGUGGCUAGUGACAGGGAGAGCAAGUUGUUUGUGAUUGGACUGAGCUAGGUGUUUUUGAAAUGUCACCACCCGGAUUUCCUCAAAGUGUGAAUUCAGUAAGAAAAUACAAAAGGUCAAGCAUGUCAACCUUAAGAUAUUGUACAGAGGCUGCGCUAUACUGCCUCCCAGAAAACACACACACACGCACAAACCUAUAAAUCCAACCUCUAUUUCCAACUCAUUUCCAUACAGUAUAUUCAUGCAUAUAUUCUAGAUUCUGUUGUUUGAUGGCAUAUUUACCCUUCAUAGUAUAACAGAAUGCCGUCGGCAUCAAAACAAUACUUAUUACAACACAAGGAUAACGCAAGCAAUUACUGUUCUCCUUGAGAACAAUAACCAGACAAAGGUGUGAUUCCUCCUCUCUCCCUCCAUCCGUCUAUCCCUCCAUACUGUCCUUCAUUUUUAGACGACAAAAGAAGAAAGUGCAGAAAACACACUUAGAAAAUAAUAUGCAAAUGAUUGGAUUUGCGAUAAACACCCUUCAAAGUGGAAGGAAUUUUUGAAAUUGGAAAAGCCUUUAUCUGAUGCGGGGCUAUUCUUCUGACACGGCAGACGAGGGAGGCUUGUGUGUGCUUUCAAACACGUUGUCGCUGGAGAGUUCUUUAUUCUAGCGUCAACGGGGUGUCUUUGUGUGGCUGGCCUCAACUAGCUUCAAUUGCAACGCCACACCAGGGACAGAGAAUGGAGAGAAGCAAGGAAUGCAUGAACAAGAGAGGCAGAGGGAGAACAGGGGAUAAGUAUACAAUUUGUCUGUCAUUUGUCUCUGUGUGUGUGUACAUGGAUGAAGAUUGGAGAGGUGGUGAGGAGGUCAUGUGUGAGUCUGUAUAGUGUGAUCUGCAGGAGAGGGAGAGAGAGAGAGAGAGAGAGAGACUCAUAUGAAGGAGAAUGGACAGAUUGCUUUAGAUAAUGUGUUUUGUAUUGUAUUGUUGGAGUUAUCUGAAUGGGGAAAAUCAGUCACAGUUAUUGAGAACAGGAGAAGUGUCGAGAACCUAGUUCAAUUUGAACCAUUACGCACAAAUAGCAGUCUGCUCACUGAAAACCAAGGACAUUACAUCUAUUAAAUACAAUACUAUAAACGUCACGAUAAACACUGUACAUCAUCCAGUCUCUCUCUCUCUCUCUCUCUCUCUCUCCUGCUGCUGUUCCCUCAGCAGUGCUGGGAUUUCCUCGGUCUGCUAAUUAAGAGAGGUGAGGAAAGGCUUUUCUCACAGUGUCUCUAUAGCCGGGCCUCGCUUACCUUGACACAACGCCUGUCAACAGAGAAAACGACACACAGCUGACCCGCUCAGCUCCCAGCCUUCAGUGAAUACACACACACUCUAACACACACAGGGUCACAUAGAUUCACGGACGCACACACACGGGAAGACAACAACACACACACACAGGCACUUACACGCAGUCGAAACGUACAGUGCAAUCACACACACACAAACACACAUGCAUUGACACAUCACACACACACGGGACGACAACACACACACACACACAUAGAUGAAAACCCACUUUGUGACAAGCAGAGGGACAUUUAGAACGGGCUAUGAUGUGGCAAGAUGAGCGACAGGAGAAAAGGGAUUGCAUUACCCUCAUGCACCCUCAAGAGGGGGGGGGGAGAGAGAGAGAGAGAGAGAGAGAGAAUGCUGUGGCUGAGGGAAAGAAAUACUCCCCGAAAGGCACACAUUCGUUUAUCACUUCAAUUAUAUACGUAUGAGCACACUCAUUUCUUAUUACGGAUAUUGAUUUAUCAAUAUAAUAAAAAUCAAUUUCUUUAUUUUAGCUUCAAUGCAUUCUCUUUUUAAGCAGAGAGCAACAUUUCUCUACUUGUUACCACUAUAUUCUGCCUUGUUUGUAUGCGUGUAUUAACAUGGGUACUCUGCCUCAUAUCAUCCCUGAAUCACAGAAGAGCUGCUAUUCUAUUGAGCAGAAACAUCAUUAGCCUCCUUAUAGCCAUGAAAACCACUACACACAGACACACACACACACAGCCUCUAGACCCCCCGUGGAACCAACGUUGCAAUUCCACCCCCAUCCCCCUUCAGCCUACCCUACAUAAAGGCUCCAUUUUCUAGCACACACACACAAGCCUUGAACAAAUACACACAUAUUGAAUCUCAAAAACCAAAUCUCUGCCAUUUCCUAACCCUCCAUCCUUCCCAGCUCCCUCCCUCCCAGCUAGAUCCCCUCCCCCUGUACUGUCCUCUCCUCUUCAGCCAUGGCCAGUGCACAGUAGCAUGCUCUGCAGCAGAGUGAAAGAGAGCGAGAGAGAGAGAGAGAGAGGCAGGCUGCUGAGGCGUGGCAGAUAGAGGAUAGACACAGCUUCAUUACCUCUGCUAGGCUACCAGAUCCCCACAGCUAGCCAGGCACCGGGCCGAGGGCUCACACAGCCAAACACAUAUUUAAGAGCUUUACAUUCCCACAACGUAUGUCCCCCAACCGCCGGGAGACCAGGGCCAAGUGCGGGAAGGUGUUUUUGUGUGUGUGUGUGGUAGAAGAUGGAGCCUUUAUGUAGCCUUUAUGUAGGGUAGGUUGAAGGGGGGAUUGGGGUUGGAAUUGCAGCUUUGGUUCCAUCCAUGGGGGGUCUAGAGGCUGUGUGUGAGUGUGCAGUGUACAGUGGUUUUCAUGGCUAUAAGGAGGCUAUGUGGUCCUCUGUAGCUCAAUUGGUAGAGCAUGGCGCUUGUAACGCCAGGGUAGUGGGUUCGAUCCCCGGGACCACCCAUACCUAAAAAUGUAUGCAUGCAUGACUGUAAGUCGCUUUGGAUAAAAGGUAUAUUAUUAUUAUUAUUACUGAUGAGUGCAUACAUCUGUCCGUCUAUCCGUGUGCUUGUGUGCCUUUAUAGCGUUCAAAUUUGAGCUGUUAAAGAACAAGGAGUGAGCAGAAAUGUGGAACUGAACCAUACAUUGAAAGGUUUCAUUUGAAUGACUUGGCUUCCUACAAGAGGCAAUUAACUGACCUUCAUAUCAGCCCACAGUCAAUUACGAAAGGCCACUCUGAAACGGCUCAUAAUAGGCAUAAUAGACACAGACACAACGACCUUAAAUGUAUUUUCUCCAAACAACAACCAAUUGAUUGACGUGAGCUAAAAGCCAAUGUGCGGAAGAAGGACGAUUUGAUCAAUGUCCACACAAACAAACCCAAACCAAAUGCCCACCUGUUGCUAACUGCUCGCCUAUUAAGAAGUCAGAGAAGUCAGCAUUGCUUCCUAGCGAAAGACUCACUGUCGUUAGUGAGCACCGCUAAGGCAAUUUCUGCCCAGUUUAACCCCUGACAUUUUCAAAGCGCUAAAACACAGAAGAUCUGUAUGAGGCUCAUUAUCCAUAAAUUCAGACUACCUGCAAAAUGCUUAGAAGCUUAGAAGACCAUCACAGCUUUAUAAUGCACAAUAAUGCCUCAUAAGGUAUUGUACAUGUGCUUAUAAGGCAUUAUAUGUGUGUGCCUCAUACAAAGUGUUGCCUUUUAAUAGUCAUUUCCCUCUUUAACAGUGGCUGUUUGAUUUACAAUCAAGAGGGGGAGUGAGAUAAUUGACCUGCCCUGUGUUUUGGAGAGCCCUGUUUGUAAUUAGACAUGGUGCUUCUCAGGAGGAUGGGGGCUUUGGCUGCGCCUGUACACCUUCAGUAUCUAGAUAUAGACUCCACAUAGGCAAGAUAUUCCAAUAAAAAAGCUGUCGUUCCUAAACAGAAAGUAUAGAUUAGUUUUUGGCUGCUGUAUACGUUAAAUAAGCUCUGUGGUCUCAAUAACCUAUUCUUAUCAGGUGAAGGACAGCUUUUCCCAGAAACAGCAUGAUAGGAAAUGUGUUGUUUGUGUGCCAUUUAUGCAGUACACACCUACUCAUUCAAGGGUUUUUCUUGAUUUGUACUAUUUUCUACAUUGUAGAAUAAUAGUGAAGACAUCAAAACUAUGAAAUAACACAUAUGGAAUCAUCUAGUAACCAAUAAAAUGUUUAUACAAAUCAAAAUAUAUUUUAUAUUUGAGAUUCUUCAAAUAGCCACCCUUUGCCUUGAUGACGGCUUUGCACACUCUUGGCAUUCUCUCAACCAGCUUCACCUGGAAUGCUUUUCCAACAGUCUUGAAGGAGUUCCCACAUAUGCUGAGCACACUUUUCCUUCACUCUGCCGUCCAACUCAUCCCAAACCAUCUCAAUUGGGUUGAGGUCGGGGGAUUGUGGAGGCCAGGUCAUCUGAUGCAGCACUCCAUCACUCUUCUUCUUGGUAGAAUAGCCCUUACACAGCCUGGGGGUGUGUUGGGUCAUUGUCCUGUUGAAAAACAAAUGAUAGUCCCACUAAGCCCAAACCAGAUGGGAUGGCGUAUCGCUGCAGAAUGCUGUGGUAGCCAUGCUGGUUAAGUGUGCCUUGAAUUCUAAAUAAAUCACAGACAGUGUCACCAGCAAAGCACCAUAACACCUCCUCCUCCAUGCUUUACGGUGGGAACUACACAUGCGGAGAUCAUCCGUUCACCCACACCGCAUCUCACAAAGACAUGGCGGUUGGAACCAAAAAUCUCCAAUUUGGACUCCAGACCAAAGGACACAUUUCUACCGAUCUAAUGUCCAUUGCUCGUGUUUCUUGGCCCAAGCAGGUCUCUUCUUCUUAUUGGUGUACUUUAGUAGUGGUUUCUUUGCAGGAAUUUGACCAUGAAUGCCUGAUUCACACAGUCCCCAUUGAACAGUUGAUGUUGAGAUGUGUCUGUGACUUCAACUCUGUGAAGCAUUUAUAUGGGCUGCAAUUUCUGAGGCUGGUAACUGUAGUGAACUUAUCCUCUGCAGCAGAGGUAACUCUGGGUCUUCCAUUACUGUGGCGGUCCUCAUGAGAGCCAGUUUCAUCAUAGCGCUUGAUGGUAUUUGCGAUUGCACUUGAAAAAACUUUCAAAGUUCUUAAAAUGUUCCAUAUUGACUGACCUUCAUGUCUUAAAGUAAUGAUGGACUGUCGUUUCUCUUUGCUUAUUUGAGCUGUUCUUGCCAUAAUAUGGACUUUGUCUUUUACCAAAUAGGGCUAUCUUCUGUAAACCCCCACUACCUUGUCACAACACAACUGAUUGGGUCAAACGCAUUAAGAAGGAAAUAAAUUCCACAAAUUAACUUUUAACAAGGCACACAUGUUGAUUGAAAUGCAUUCCAGGUGACUACCUCAUGAAGCUGGUUGAGAGAAUACCAAGAGUGUGCAAAGCUGUCAUCAAGGCAAAGGGUGGCUAUUUGAAGAAUCUCAAAUAUAAAAUAUAUUUUGAUUUGUAUUAACACUUUUUUGGUUACUACAUGAUUCCAUAUGUGUUAUUUCAUAGUUCUGAUGUCUUCACUAUUAUUCUACAAUGUACAAAUAAAGGAAAACCCUUGAAUGAGUAGGUGUGUCCAAACUUUUGACUGGUAGUGUAUGAAUGUUGUAUCAUUAAUUUGUAAUCCAUUGGGCAUUUUGAAUGGCCAAUAGAAAAUAGCACAGUACUUGACUAAGCACACACUCUCUCUCUUCUCUUCUCUCUCUCUCUCUCUCUCUCUCUCUCACUCAUUCACUCACUCACUCACAGAGCCCCUCCGACUGUGGUUCCUCUCUUCCCUGUUACAUUUGAGCAUAUUUUCCUCCCUCUAAAUGGCCUUGGCUCUCCCUAAGUGUUCCACUGAACGAUGAUCCCUGGGUGUUUACACACAAUUUCAUUUGCGGAAACACUCUGUCACAUCUCUGUUAGCUCCACACACCACACACACAAGCAGCAGCACUUCACAGAGAAGCUAGGGAGUGGCCUCCCUGGCUGACACAUUUGGCCAACAAACCACAGAGAUAUAUUGCUGAUGUUUUUCUUUUAAUUCCUUUUUUUAUAUAUAAAUUCCCCAUAAACUCACAUUGAUCAAUCGUCCUGUCUCAGACUUCUAUUCAUUGCUUUUUCUCUAAAUGAAUUUCAAUCUCUGCGUUUGAAGAACCCAGUGACUUGCUCUGCCUCUGCAGUAGCUCCGAUUCCAGCUAAAUAUCCAACUAAUUAGCUUUGUACCAGUCUCUGAGUUGAGUUUGUGUGUGUGUGUGUGUGCGUGUGCGUGCAUGUGCACAUGUGUGUAUUUCAGUAGCUGUUCUUUGUCAUGAUUAAAACCUCUGGUCUUCCAUUGCCAAGCCGCUCUGGUUUGAGGCUAUAACAGCUGAUUCAUUAGGGCUGUCAAAGUGUGGCUGCUGCUGCCUGCCUGCGUGGCUGGUGUUAUGCUUUUACUCGGAGCCUCAGUCAGUUAGAGUAGCUAGGCCCACUGGUGUUAGCGCUAUGGGGACAUAAAUACAUCAAGGCUGCUACAGCAUCUCCUCGUCCCCCAGACCCAGCCAUUAGCCGGAGAAUAAACACUGCUCACACAGAUUCCAGCGUUUGUCACUCUGACGCCUUUGAUGGCCCCGGCCCCCAGCUCUGAAUCGCUCCGGCUUUUUGCUUUUCUCACCCUGUUGUUGUGUCAGUAGAACAAAAAAAAGACAAAGGCAAGAGAGGAAUUUUUACUGGAGCCGGCUGAUAAAGAAAUGUGGCUUGUUAGGUCCUUUUAGUGGUGGACUAGCGAGUGACAGCUGACCGUGUGAAAAGUGAGAGUCAUGUUCUAUUGAGAUGUCUCCUUGAGUGAAGAUGGUGACACAAAGUCUAGUUCCGGCAGACAGCCUUUGUUAGGACUGAGGUGCCAUUUUGGUUAGACGAAGAGGCAGCCAUUUUGGUGCCAGUCAGUCUUCGCUAGUGUCCAACUGACAGGAAACUAUCCCUUUGCGAUGAAUCAUCCUUCCAGGAAAUCACAAUUUCACUGUCACACCACCUAGUGCCACAAAUUACUAUUAUAUGGCUUCCCAUCCAAGUUCCUCCUUGGUUUUUUGUAGUAAUGGUGGUGGCGAUGAUAACGAUGCACUCACAUUGAAUGCCAAUGUGGACAGCCUGCCAUAAAAAACUCAACCCGACCAGCAUAUCCCAGCCCAUCCAGAGUGGUGUGUGGUGAGGUGGGUUUCUAGGGCACGUUCCCCCAACUCUCAGUGGAGUCUGAGUGGAGUGGCUGGAGCCUGGUGUCUUGUUCUCCUCCUCCCAUAGCCACCAUGUAGCCAUGGAGUGUGACUGUAAUAGGAAUGGCUCUUUAGAGAGGAGGGUUCUCUAGACUAGGUGAAUAUAUUUCAGGAUGUAGGCUAUGUCUCUGCAUGAGGGCAGGGGAGUUUUCUCAGUCUACACUUCCACUUUAAAGGAAAUGUUCAAACAGAUACAGAGUAUUGACUUUUCUCUGAUGGAAACGUUGAAAAUGGGUUACAAUUUUACCAAAUUAAUUAACGUGCAAAACAGUAGUUUGCAGUCAUAGUAAUCAGUGUGAUGAUAACUUGAUUAAUUCUGUCUGACUUGCACGUUUUAGAUCAUAUUUGAUUUUCAUGUGUCUUCAUUUGAAUUGGGAUGGCUAGAAGCAACAAUUACUACACAGGCUGCUGUAAUGCCUUAUAAUGAUUAUUUUCAAAUUACACAGACAUCCUCCAGAACCCUGUCUUGGCACAGUUUUAAUUGAUUACAGCUUCCUGGUGGCACGUUCCAUCUUUUCAAAGUUCUUCAAUUGGGAAAAAUACUAUAUUUUUAUCAUGUUCAAUUAAUAGUAGACCAAUCAUUUAUUUGAUGGUGGUACGAAUGUGUUGACACUCCACUAUGACAAUGCUAUUUUCUUUGCUGUAGCCCAUGUUGAGUUUUCUCCCUCUUUGUUUGAAGUUGUACCACAGUAUAAACACUUUUUGGUGUGUAAAAUACUUUGAAAUACAAGGACGCUCUCACCUUUUGAAAUAUUGAUACUCUAGAAACCAUAUUUUUUAUGUUACCCUCUGACCAUACCACUAUUGUCCCUCUCUCUCAGAGCCUGCCUAGCUUUGGGCCCUACCUCCUGAAGAAGACAGAGGUCCUGGCUGAGUACAAGAAGAAAUUGAAGAAUGCCGAUGACAACUUUGUGGGUGACACCAACGGUGCUCGCGUGUUCAUGCCCAAGAUACCAGUUCCUGCUGUGAAGGUGAGAGAGGGGCUGCCUGGAUUACAAAUAAUACUUUGCUAUGUCUUUAUAUAUAUUUACAUAGACAACCACAGACAGCAAUAUAUAGGCUUAAGGGCUGCAUUUGGCCGGCGGGUCACCAGUUUUGAGACUCCUGCUUUAGUGUUUGUCAUAGUACAUCUCUUUCUAAUGAAAGGGAUGUUGUGACCUUUCUAAGGUCAUUUCAAACCAAAAACAGCAUGGGUAACACUCUAUAUAGAGUCAUAUAAAGCAUUCCAGAGCAUGUUAUUGUUGUUUCCUGUCCUACAGCCAGACUAGUACAUUAACUAGCUUUGCUUGUUGUUGAUUGUUGUUAUUGCCAGACUAGUAGUAACUAACUGUAAUUGUUCUUGUUGUUGUGUCCCCUGCAGGAUGUGAUCGCCAGGGCUCUGAAGCACAUCGGGGCCUACAAGGAUUUGGACAACCAGGAGCAGGUGAUAGCUCUGAUCGACGAGGAGAUGUGCAUCAACUGUGGGAAGUGUUACAUGACCUGCAACGACUCAGGAUACCAGGUACUAACACAUACUGCACACGUGCGUGCGCGCACACACACACACACACACACACACACACACACACACACACACACACACACACACACACACACACACACACACACAGCCUACUGUGAAUGUGGUGUUUCUCAAAUGUCAAAAGGCAUCCUAUUGCUUAUAUAGUGCUCUGUUUGGGAAAUAGACGUUGUCUUGUUUCUCCCCUCAACUUGAAUGUAGCACUCUUGUAUUGUUUAUGUAACUAUCCUCUCAACUGGAGCGAGAUACACUUACACAGUGCAGUAAAACUCUAUUUGAGUGAUUGAGUUCACCUGUUCUCAUGGCCAGAUGCUGCUGUACUGUUGUGGUCAUGUUGCGGACUCGUUUUAUCCUCCUCUUUUUUUCUCUCCAUCAAUCCAUCCUCCAUCCACCCAGUAGAUAGAGAGGAUAAGUCUAUGGAGAGUCGCUUACUGCUCUAAUAUAAUAGCUUAUAUAUGAUUUUUUUUUGGCUUCCUCUUCUUUUGCAGGCUAUUACGUUUGACCCUGAGACCCAUUUCCCAGUAAUCACUGACAGCUGUACCGGCUGCACACUCUGCCUCAGUGUCUGCCCCAUCAUCGACUGCAUCAAAAUGGUUACCAGGCCAACGGCG